AUGGGUUCGUCUUGUUUUCGGUUUCUUAAUAUUUGGCGGCGUCACCCCCAGUUCCGGGAGAUAGUGUCGGAAGCGUGGAGUAAAGAGGUCUAUGACAUGGGGAUGGUUAGAUUUUACAACAAGCUCAAAACAGUGCAGGACAAAUUGAAGCAAUGGAACCGUGAGGUGUUUGGCAAUGUUUCUUCUAAGGUGGCAGAGGCUGAGCAGGAGUUGAAACAAAGGGAAUCGGAGUAUGAUUUGAUUAGGGAUGAAGAGUCUAAGAUUCAUCUUCAUGAGGCCAGAGCGAGAUAUAAUCAGGUGCAAGCCCCUUCUGAGCUUCCUUUUGAAGUUCCUAGAGUUACUCAGGCUGAUAACGAGCUGAUGAAAUGGCUUCCUAUGAUGGAGGAAAUCCACAAGGUAGUGUUUGGAAUGGACAUACAAAGUGCACCAGGUAUGGAGCAACCCAAGAACUGGUCCCACACUCUGUUGGUGCUCAUCGCGAAAGUGGAGGGUGCAUCCCACUGGAGGGAGUUUCGGCCCAUUAGCCUUUGGAAUGAGUUGGUUUUAGACUUGGAUAGGAGGUUGAUUGAUCCAAACUUGAUCUUGAAACUGGACAUGGAGAAGGCAUACGAUCGGGUCAACUGGUCGUUCUUACUUUUUAUGCUUAGGCAAUAUGGUUUUGAAGAGGCUAUAAUGGAUUUGCUCUUUCGAACGUUCUCUAAUUCUUGGUUCUCAGUCUUAAUUAAUGGGGAGCCAACAGGUUUCGUGAAAUCCUAUCAGGGGGUGCGGCAGAGGGACCCCCUUUCUCCCGCGCUCUUCCUAUUCGUGGUAGAAUUUCUACGAAGGGGAUUGCAAAGGAUAUUUGAUUCCAAGGAUAGUUGA